AUUAAGUAAAAAAAUUUAUUUUAAUCAAUAACAUUAUAAAAUUCAUGAACAAGAUUCUAGAUAUAUCUAUCAGUGAUUAAAAACAUUGGACAAAAUGCCAGUUCGGAACUGCUGUCUUGGUUGUCAAGGCCCUAUGUCGGCACCUUGCGGGCCCCUCGGGCAUCGUCUAGAAUCUUCUGGAAACUGUGUGGGGCCCUGUUGUGUUCACGCUGCCGGCAUAAGAUGUUCGCCGGCUUGUGGGGAAUGCGGAAUUAUGCAUGGGCAACGAGGAGGAGUCGCCGGCUCAUUUUUCAGCUGCGGCCAUGGCUGUAUUGGAGGCUGUAUCGGUGGGGUCUGUGGAUCCUGCUGUGGACCAGCGUGUGGAUAAAAUCUCCAUAAAAUCGUCAUCUCUGUUUGGGUCAAUAAAGAUUUUUGCGUACCAAUAUU